GCGGCGAUCGCGCAUCGCAGAUACUGGUAACAUAGCAACUGCUGGCUGUAAACAAGACCUGGAAAACGCGAAUGGAAGCAGAUGAUAAAGUUGGCUUCCUGAGAUGGAUAUUAUAAAAGGAGACCUGGAAACUGUUUCUAGUUCUGGAAUUCUUACUUCAAGUUCACGUAAUAAAGUAAGACCUGAUUCAGCUGUAAGAUCCUUGGAAGUGUUAACCCCAGAGCCAAUGAAUUCAGAACAUCGGUUGAAGCGAAAAUCUUCAGUUGAUCGACUCUGGUCUCCUGCAAAAACUGAACCAGUAAACAGUCAUGGAGGAAAGACACAGCUGAGAGGAGUUUCCAGCACUGGACACAUUUCAGAAUGCAAGACAAAUAGCGCAGGAUCAAAAGAAAAUUUACGAUUACCUUGCUCGCCCACGGACGCAACAUUGCCUGAAUCUACAGAAGAGAAAGCACACCACAAGCUGGACAGUGCCGUGAAAAAGAUGAGUACACCGGAUGACUUAUUAGAAACCGCGUUGACCAUGGAGAAAGAAGUUAAUGCUCAAGGUCAAGAGAUGUGGAAGCAGAUGCUAGAAGAACUUAAGGGUAUGCCUGCACAUAGCCAUGAGGAAAGUUUAAACACAAAUAGGUUUCUGGGAUUGCACUCACAAGUGCAUGAAGUGGAGGAUGUACUUUCCAGUAGUGAUGGGUUUGAAGAACAUUUCAAUGACUCUUUAUUUGAAUGUAAUGAUCUGAGUCAAGGUCUAACAAAAAAUGAACAUAAAGUGCCUGAAUCUGCAGAAGAAAAGACAGACCCCAUGUUGGAGAAAGCCACAAAGAAGAUGAAGACUCUGGAUGAAAUACUACAAAAGGCAUCGGCCAAAGAGAAGGAAGUUAUUGCUCAGAGUCUAGCAAUUCGAAAGCAGUUACGGGAAGAGCUUAAGCAAAUACCUGCACAAAGCCAUGAAGAGAGUUUGAACACAAAUAAAUUUCUGGCAUUAACACCAGAGCCUGAUGAAGCACAAGAUGCAUUCAACCUCAAAACAGACAAAAUGUUCGUAUCAGUAUUCUGUACUCAACUUCCCGUUGAAGACUUUGACCAGAAUUACAGAGAAACUAUACAAGGUGAUGUUUCUACCUCAGAAACAGCUGGCAUACUAAACAGUGAAAGAACAAGCCUGACAGCAAAACAAAAGAAAAACACAAACCAGAAGAAAGGGGUUGAUUUUAUUCAAAGGAACAUUGAAUUAGCGAAGGACGCAGGGUCCACUUUUUUAACUGAAGAGGAAAAUUUGAGGUUGCAACAACUUACCACAGACUCUGACAAUGACUGCAAUGAUGAAGACAUUAUAGGAAACAUGACCUUGUGCAUACCAGGAGAAGGCUACGCUCCAAACUCAGCACAACUUGAUCGUCUUGCAGAAAUAGAAGCUGAACUGCAGAAUAUCCACACCAUGGACAUGUCCUUUGUCACCAAUAUCUGCACUAAGAAUGCAAAUACGGAGCCUGCACCUGGGGAGAAUGUUUUACAAGAUACCAAGACACUGAGGGAACUAAAAAUAUCUAAGAGAGAUAGACCAUCAAAUUGAGAAUAUAA